CAGUCUUCAAUAAUCGCUUAUCGAUUUGUCAAUAAAACACUUGGGAAAUGGUUUAAUUAACGUGGAUCUGGACUUUUGAUCUCAUUUGUCACCAAACAGCUUACAUUUCAUCAUCACCUGGUGGGGAAAAUGACACCGAAAAUUUGCAUAAUCGGGGCUGGUUUUUCCGGUAUUGCGGCCGGAGUACAGUUGAAGAAACAGCUCAAUAUUGACGAUUACGUAAUCUUUGACGAAAACGAGGAUGUCGGGGGGACCUGGCUGGUCAACAAGUAUCCCGGGUGUGCCUGCGACGUGGCGUCACAUCUGUACAGCUACAGCUUCGAACCAAAUCCAGAUUGGUCAUGGGCGUACUCUCCACAACAGGAAAUUUGGAGAUAUCUCCAACGCGUCGCAAAAAAGCACGACUUGUACAAAAACAUGAAGUUUUCGCAUAAAGUGAACAAAGUCGCGUGGGACGAGACGAUCAACAAGUGGAGGCUUGUGGUUACAAAUACUGUGACAAAUGAUAAGGCUGAGCUUAUCUUCGACCUGAUAAUAAGCGGAAUUGGCGGGCUUCGUGUGCCUCACACACCGGAAGAAUUUAAGGCCUUUACCGGAACCAGGAUUCACUCGGCGGAAUGGGAUACCAGCGUAAAACUGGAGGAUAAGACAGUCGCCGUGAUCGGAAGUGGGGCCAGCGCGGUCCAAAUCAUUCCGAACAUUGUGAAGAAAGUUAAGAAGCUUAUCGUCUACCAGAGACAUCCCGCUUGGGUCCUGCCGCGGAUGCAGUUCCAAGUGCCGGACUGGCUCAAGUGGGCGUUCGCCUCGGUCCCGGGCUUGCGCGAGAUGUACCGCUCAUUCAUCUUUUUGUCGAACGAACUCGCCUACCCAACGUUCAUUCAGGGCAGCCUGAUGCAAAAGCUUGGUGCCAAACUUGGGGAUCACUAUUUGAACCGGAAGUUUGCCGAUAAUCCGGCCCUAUUGGAAAAAGUGAGGCCAAAUUACGAACUCGGGUGUAAAAGGAUCACACCCUCGAACGAGUAUUAUCCAGCCCUUGCUCAUCCAAAUGUUGAAGUUGUGCGGGAUAAAAUCACAAAAGUCGGGACGAAUUCAAUCACCACGGAAAACGGGGAUGAGAAAAAGAUAGAUGUUUUGAUUUUAGCAACAGGAUUCAAAGUCCAGGAGUUCUUUUCCCCGCUGGAAAUUCGUGUUAAGGGUGGCAUGGAUUUGAUGGAGCUUUGGCGGGAGAAAGGACCCUCUGCCUACAUGGGAAUCUGUAGUUCCGUGGCGCCCAACUGGUUCAUGCUUUUGGGACCAAACACUGGUCUUGGUCACAACUCGAUCAUUUUCACGAUCGAAUGUCAACUAAACUACGUGCUCCAAGUGAUUAAAGAAAUGAUUGAGCGUGACUCGAAGGUCGUUUGCGUAAAGGAAUUCAUCGAGCAGGGCUACAUGGUGGAAAUGAUGGAAGAUAUGAAGCCCAUGGUUUGGGGGACGGGGUGUGCCUCGUGGUACGCCGAUUCCCGCGGGGUGGUCACAGCCCUCAGCCCCUACACCCUCAUGACCUGCUGGAGACAUACGAGAACCUUGAAUGAAAACGAUUUCAAUUUCAAUUGAUUGCGGGAAAUUGUAUUUUUAGGAGGGAAUUUUUAGUAAUUUAGAAAGGCGAAUAUUUAUCGGAUGUUUACACAUAUUUACGAAAUAUGUUUCCAGUGAGUUACACAGAAAGUAAUAAAAUAUUUAUUGCAAAAAAA